AUGAUACAGGUAAAUAUGAAAUAUAAUGAUACAGUAAUAAUAUUACAAUAGAAUAUCCGUUUUAAAAGCUUACGUUGAUAUUAUUUUGUUUAUUUAUUAUAAAAAUGUAUUUACUACAUCAUUGUAAUAUCCUUGAAACACUUACUAUACUUACAUAGUUACAUUGAUUGAGAAAAGUUGUAGUAGGGUAUUAUAAUUUGUUUUUCAAAUUGUUGAUGCUUAGUAAAAAUUAGUUUUGUUAAUUUUAAUUUUUUUUAGGCAUGCGUUGUGCCGGUUAAUGUAAAGUUAAAAUGCGGUAAUAGUGGUUGCUGUGAUUCCAGUGGAUGUAGUCCUUGUAGUGGCUAUGGAUGUAGACCUUGCAGUGGCUGUGGAGGAUGCGGUGGAUACGGUGGUGGAUGUGUAGGAUGCGGUGGUGGAUGUGGAGGAUGUGGUGGUGGAUUUGGAGGAUGCGGAGGAUAUGGUGGUGGAUGCGGAGGAUACGGCGGUGGAUGCGGAGGAUACAGCGGACAAACGUUAUAUGGCUGCAUUAAAGGAUGUAUUUGUUAA